GAAUUUAGUAGGGACGAUAGCCAGGCGUUUUGUGAACAUUUGAAAAAAAUUAAACAAAUCGGUUGAGUAGUUCGACCGGAAUCAUGUCCGCCAGUUUAAAAAAAUGUGUUUUGAGAAAAACGCGUUUAAAGUUUGAGGUGUGCACUCCGAGCGCUCCGAAUGUCGAGCGGUAUUAUUAUUUUUGGGCCUCUAACGAAACCUUCUAAUGGUAAAGUGGGUUACUACAUUAAUUCUAAGGGUAUAGGGGAACAGAAAAUGCAAAAAACAAGACAAAAAUUCUUUGAAAAAAGAUUGCGCUACUGACUCCUUAAUAAAUUAUAUUUCUUAUUAAUUUCUAGCUUUCUAAAAAUUUCUAGAAAAAAAUUCCGACAUUAUACAUCAUAUAUAUAAUCUAUGAUGUCUAUCAGAUAAGCUUAAAAUUACCGAUGAAAUUUUCUUGGAAAAACUUUGAUUAAAUAUUCAUAUAAAUAUGUCCAACAUUCGAUGCAUAAGGUUAUACCGUUCUGUGUAAUCGUUCAGUCAAGAGAGUACUCGCCCGCAAUCAGGCUGUUGAAAUUUUGAUCCUGCAAGUCUACAAGUGGAGUGUUUGUUUAGCUCGGUGAAAAAUGGUGCUGAAAACUUUUGUGUUAUUCUUUUGCCUAUUUUAUUUCGUUUCAAUAGGAAAUACCAAAAAAGUAAGUUAUGCUUUCACAUGGCGACAAGAGCCAUGUUCUUCUAUAUGGGACCGCCCGCGUCAUACUUCGUUGGUGCCCCCUAGUGAAAUUCAAUUUGAGAAUUCUAGAUAUACUGGUAGCCGACAUCACGUAAUACCAUUUCAGAUUCUGCGUAAUUUUUUUCAUACUGCCUUGCUACAAACCACACUAGAGUCGCGCGCCACACAAUACUUAUCAGCAUAUAUUUCUACAAUAGUGGAAGAAUUUAUUUCCAAUGGCGUAUCAAUACAGCAUCAAAAUCCCUUUCCUGUAGACGAAGAAGUGGUGAUCCUCAUUAAUACAUCGGAAGAAAUGUUUGCAGCGCUUACAUGGUUACCAGCCAAAAAAAGCCAAAUAUAUUUAUAGGGCCACCAGUGGAUCUUCGUUACCGUGACAAUCCCCGGAACCAGAGAGGCGGAGAUCCCGGUAACGCAUUCGAGGAGUACGCAAACAGAAUAAUCAGGGACGACACACACUUUACUGCUCUACAAAAUCUCAAUCGCGAUAUGCAACGUUAUGUCAAUAAUCCUUUAGAUGUAAAUUUGUUUCUUCAAAUAAUGCAGAAUUUAGAUAUUGUCAACAGAAGAACUACACCUUUUCCAUUCGAUGCACAGGAUUGGGAAAUAGUUAAUGGAAAGUUUUUCAUUUGCGAUAGACAUAGAGAGAAAAGAUCACAAAGCCGAAAAUCACAUCGGCUAAUCGCACCUAACACAGAAUCAUUAACUGAUGAUGAUCCUUUCGAUUAUUAUGUUGGAUUUUGUAGAACGGUAAAGCAAGAAUUAAUGGCCAGUCAUUUUUCGUCGAUCAAUAAAAAAACCAUAAAAGCGAUGGAUAGGAUGACAUUUGAUUGUCCAAAAAAUACCCACAUUAUAGUAAAGCGCGCCAUCAAAGAAGGCAUGCGGAACGGUACCGAAGAAAUAAAAGAGUUGUGUGACAACAAGAGGUCGUGCGUAUUUUCUAAAAGAGAUACAGAUGGUUUGGGUGUAGAUGUAGACUAUUACUGCGCGAAUAUAUUAACAUCUAUACGAAAAAGAAGAGAAUUACAGAGACUUAAUCGCCGGAGUUCGAGCGAAUUUGAACUUAAUUGCCCCUUGAAUUAUACUAUUCGUAUUCGUAAAGCAAUGAGCCACUCUGCUGUAAAAGAAACCGAUAUUACACCAAUUUUCCGUGAAAAAUGCGACGGAGUAAAUCCAUGCAAAAACAAACUUGAUAAUUGGGGCUUGCAACCAAUAACCGUAGAAUUUUCUUGCAUCCCAAAUUCAUCCAUGUUUGUGUGAUGAGGUUAACCA